AUAGCUUGUCUUAGUGAGAUCAUGAACCGUUGUAGUUAGGAUCUUUUGCUUACUGAAUUGGUUUGUCACACAGUUGACUGGAAUACCACUGCUGUGAUGCCGUGGGUUAAGUAUCUUUUACUUUUCACAAUGGCUGUGAUGGUAGUGAGCUCUUUAGGAGUUGGCCGGGAUGCCUUUUCAGACAUUGAUGUUCCGUAUGAUUCAACUGCUAGUAGUAAAAUCACUUUUGGGAGACUUAUUAUUGGCAACGGGGUUCAGAGUAAAAUGUUAAAUGAUACAGAUGAAAGACGAGAACAUGGAGAAGCACAAUUUCAUCUUGCUGAGGCCAAGUUGAAACAUCUGGGUCCUUCUGUGCAUUGUGGUGAUGAUGCUAUGACACUGCGUGUUCCUGGACCAAGAAUGCCCCACUUUCUUGUUGAUAGAGGAGAUGGGACUAAAGUGCCAGUGUCUGAGCUUCCAGCCAGUUGUGGUUACUCUGUGAAGAGGGUGCGCCGGGAUGUUUCACUCGUUGCUCCUUACAGUGGUUGUGGUCAUGUCAAACAACAGGGUGGCAGUUAUGUUCUGCCUCUGCUUAUACUGGGGGCACCAGUGCAGAUGUCAUGCCCGAUGACUCCUCCUGCCCUUCCUACAGUUUCUUGCUUCCCUUCUGGAAUGGUUAUCUCACUUGAACAGAGAUCUGAUAUUGUUAAGAUUAAAGUUGAUGGAUCAUGGCAGCCUCUGCUACUAGCAUAUUCUAAGUGCAUGUUCACCUUGGAUACUGCUGAUGGUGCUCUGGUUGUCAAUGCACCAUUUAAGGGAACUUGUUGGGAAAUCAAGGAUACUGAAAGACGCCUUCCUAUGCUCUAUGGUGGUCAUGAAGUGAUUCUCACAUGCCCUGACACACCACCUACAACUGCAGUACCUCAAGACCCUCAAGUUCCACAGGUGUUUUAUCCUUUUCCAUAUGGACAACCAUGGUAUCUCCCGGCGCCUACUACAGCGGCUACUACCACUACAACAGCGGCUCCUCAGGAUCCUUUUCCCCAACAACAGAACUACCCAUUUGGAAACCCAUGGUGGUGGCCUCCCCGGGUGCCUGCUACCCAAGCCCCUACCACUACAACAGCAGCUCCUCAGGAUCCUUUUCCCCAACAACAGAACUACCCAUUUGGAAACCCAUGGUGGUGGCUUCCCCGGGUGCCUGCUACCCAAGCCCCUACCACUACAACAGCAGCUCCUCAGGAUCCUUUUCUCCAGCAACAGAACUACCCAUUUGGAAACCCAUGGUGGUGGCUUCCCCGGGUGCCUGCUACCCAAGCCCCUACCACUACAACAGCAGCUCCUCUGUAUCCUUUUCCCCAGCAACAGAACUACCCAUUUGGAAACCCAUGGUGGUGGCAUCCCCGGGUGCCUGCUACCCAAGCCCCUACCACUACGACAGCGGCUCCUCGGGAUCCUUUUCCCCAGCAGCUGAUGUUCCCUCUACCAAUCUUUGAUCCUUCUCAAAAUGACCACAAAGGUGAACCCUUUCCACACCUCCCUUAUGGCGUGCUUAAGUUUCCUCCCAUCAUUCCAGGCUACCCUUUUCCUACCCUGCCAACUGAUCCAGCCCCUCCCCCACCGGCUGAUUUCCCAAAGGGUUAUCCUGCUGCCCAGCCUGACAUGUACCCAGGUUACUCAUUCUAUGGCCCUAAACAAGCGAAUUGGCCGUUGCUGCUGGCAGAUAACUACCCCUUAAGCAACUGGGGCAUGAAGGAUUCAGUUUUUGCUCGCAGCCGUAGAUCUGUGUCUAGCGGUCAGUUGCCCCUUUCCUACAGGUCUCGCAGAUAAAGCUGUUGAGUUUUAAGUAAAGCAGUCCAGUAGCUUUUAUUUAGUAAUGAAUUAAGAUUUGUGACUCCCUGUUUCUUUUCAGGUUCAUGUAUAAUAAAGCUUUGUGACUUGA